CGGGAUCUCGCCGCUUCUCGGCCGCGUCACGUGACCAGAGAGACGUUUAUUUUUUCCCACCACAAUGGCGCCAAGCCCUAUAUGUACAUUUAGGUGUAAUUUUAGUCUCUUCCGCGGCGGUUUUAGCGUUGUUCACCGAUGUUUUAGGAUGUAAAGAUAUGCUGUGUGUGCUGUCCCAUAUGAAAGGUGUUCGUAAGAAUCCCCUAUAGAGGACUGGAGAUUAUGACAAGUUAAAAAUGUCGGCACGAAUCAAGAGACAGCUGAGCAAGGCCUCGGGAUCGGCCGAGGGGGGAGGGGGCGCCCCGUCUGCCGCUGCUCGCAAGAAGCGCCGCAUUGACAACUCCGGCUCUGAUGAUGAAGAGCGAUCUGUGUGGACGCCCAAACAUUUGGGUGACCUGCGGGCAUACAACCGAUCAGCAUCUGAGGCUCCUGCCGAGUUAUUCCGCAAGGAUCUUAUAUCUGCCAUGAAACUUGCGGACAAUGAGCCACUAACAUCUGACGAUUAUUGGGGCAUUGGUGACCCGUGGAAGCAAGAAUGGGAGCGAGGAGUCCAGGUCCCUGUGAAUCCAGACUCCUUGCCUGAGCCUGCUGUCACCACCACUGUACAAAGACCACGACCAGAGCGUGAGGGCAACUUCAGGCUGACUAAAGACAAAUUCAUCCGUGUGAACCAUGACGACUUCUUUAGCAACGAGCAGCACAUUCUCAGUAAUCUGCCAACCAAAGCAGAGAAAAUGUGCCGUUACGACAUGGACGAUCUUGAUGACAAAUGGCUUGUAGCCUACAAUGGAGAGAGAGCAAGAAUGGGUAUUCCGAUAAGGAAAUGGUUCUUUGGCCAAUUCCCAUUGUAUAAACAACUGGACCACAGAGACUUCGAGCAACGGCGCUGGAGCAAUGCCGUCCUGGAGGCGAGGCUGAAGAGCAAAGAAGACGUGCAUCUUGGCCCGACGGGAAGCUUGCGGUCCCCUCUUGGCAGCCUGCGGGUGUCGGGGCGCGUGCGAAGGGGAAACGUCAGCAUAAAAACCAGUACUUUCACUGAAGCAUGCAACUCCUCAGUUCCAGGAUGUUCCUCAGUAAACAUCGCAACACUUUUCUGGUCACUGCGAACGCCUCACACCCAACGGAAUUCAAAAUGCAAAAGAAAAAUGAACACGAGAUUUAGUGGAUUACGAAGAGAAAUGUCCGGAGUGGGUGGAAGACCGCCCAGUGAGGCCCGGCGCCGCUGA